ACAUAUAGCACACACGAGUUAUGUUAUAAAUACUUUGUGUGAAGGCUUGAAACAUAUAUAUAUAAAAAAUGACAUUGUUCAAAAGUUUUUACUCUAUUUUGUUGUUUCAUGUAGCUCUUUUCUUAGUUGUUCAUGCCGAGGAUGAUCAAUCAGGUUUCCUCAGCAUAGAUUGUGGACUACCUGAAGGUUCAGAUUAUACUGACGCUAAAACAGGUAUAAAGUAUGUUUCAGACGUCGGAUUUACAGAAGGUGGCAUAGCUCAAGAAAUAUCACCGGAGUUUAAAGUUGGCACCGAUGAGUUACAUUUAACAACUCUUAGAUUCUUUCCUGAAAGCAACCGAAGUUGUUACACAAUUAGACCAAAACAAGGGAAGAAUAAUACGUAUUUAAUAAGAGCGAGGUUCAACUAUGGGAACUAUGACCAUAAAGGUCAACCCCCAAUAUUUAAUCUCUAUCUUGGAACAGAUUUCUGGCAAUCUGUCUAUUAUUUUGGACGCGAUUCAUAUUCCGCUGAUGUUAUACAUCACCUGGCCUUGAAGGAUUACAUAAAAGUGUGCCUUGUAAACACGGGUCAAGGAAUUCCGUUCAUUUCGGCAUUAGAAGUGAGACUUUUGGAUAGCACCAUGUAUGAAGCUCAAUUACUAUCACUCAUUCUCCUCCAAAGGCGGAACUUUGGCUCAGAUGAUCAAGUUAGGUAUAAAGACGACAAGUUUGAUCGAAUUUGGGAACCGGUAUCUGUCUACAACUCACCUCCCCCAUACCCCACUGCUGCCACUCCACCAGGUUAUAAAGUGGUUAAAACUUCUUACACAGUUCCUUCUGGGAAUUUCUACAUGCCAUCAAAGGUUAUGAGCACCGCCAUUACACCAAUUAACUCUACAGAGAAUAUACUCUAUCCUAUCUAUCCCAUGCUCUAUCCCUCGAGUGCUAAUAUCAAUGCUAAUUUUAGAAUUUACCUGCAUUUUGCUGAAGUUGAAACACUAAAAAACAAUACCAGAGAAUUUAGAAUUUAUCUGAAUGGGAACCUCGCUCAUGGACCAGUUUCUCCAACAACCGUUGCAAACACUAUAAAAAUCGAAUCACAUGUAGCUGGUUUACCAAGAUUUAUGAUUGAAUUAAAUAAAACCCAUAAUUCGACCCUCCCUCCUCUCAUCAACGCAAUAGAGGUUUACGCUCCAACGCAGUUUCGACAAGAGCAAACAGAAGAAAAGGAUGAUGCUGCAAUAUCUAAUGCUAAAUCAAUGUAUGGCUUAAAAAAAAACUGGCAAGGAGAUCCAUGUCUUCCAAAAGAAUAUGCAUGGGACGGUCUUACAUGUCGCUACAAUAACACGAGGGCAGCGAGGAUCAUAUCCCUGAACCUUUCCUCUAGUAAUUUAAGUGGACAGAUAGCUAAUGCCUUGGGUAAUCUUACUAUGCUUGAAUCACUGGACUUGUCAUACAACAACUUGACCGGAACUGUACCAGAUUUUCUGGCUAAAAUGAAGAACCUAAGAUUUAUAAACUUACGGGGAAACCAUUUCUCAGGACCACUUCCACCAGAACUUCUUGCAAAGUCAAAUAAUGGGUCUUUGAUGCUCAGCAUUGAAGAAAAAAGUUCUUGUAUCGAGGGUUCAUGCAAAAACAAGCGUAGCAGAGUUCUUAUUGGAGUGAUAGCAGCAAUUAGUGUAAUCUUCGUAUUAUUGAUCGUAUUUUCGGUCAUAUGGACAAUAAAAAAGUGCCAAACGAAAGAUUUGGUCACAAGAGAGGAAGCUUUUAGAACGAGAAAUCAGAAGUUUACAUAUUCUGAAGUGAAGAGUAUCACUAACAACUUCAAGACACAAAUUGGGAUAGGAGGAUUUGGAGAGGUGUUCCAAGGAUCUAUUGGGAAUAUGGAGGUUGCUGUGAAGAUACUUUUGGAAUCAUCAAAACAAGGGUAUAAGGAAUUUCUGGCCGAGGUCAAGAUUCUGAUGGAUGUUCGUCAUAAAAAUAUAACUCCACUCAUCGGGUACUGCGACGACAAAAAUCACAAGGCAAUUAUUUACGAAUAUAUGGCCAAUGGGAACUUAGGAACACAUCUAUUUGAUGCAAGCCCAAAUGUCUUGAGCUGGGAAAGAAGGUUACAAAUUGGAUGUGAUGCAGCAGAAGGUUUAGCAUACAUGCAUCAUGGUUGCACACCGUCGAUAGUCCACAGAGAUAUAAAGUCUUCAAACAUACUAUUGAAUGAAGGCUUUGAAGCGAAGCUGGCAGAUUUCGGGCUAUCCAGAGCUUUUGCAACUGUAGAUGCUACCCAUGUAGCAACAACAAGAGGUUCCGGCACUCCUGGGUACCUUGACCCAGAGUAUCAUUCAACAAGCCGUUUGACUGAGAAAAGUGACGUGUACAGUUUUGGCAUAGUUCUUCUGGAGUUAAUUACAGGCAGACGUGCAAUAUCAUGGGGAAUACACAUAGUAUUUUGGGUUGAGUCAACAAUUGAAGAAGGAAGCGUGGAGAAUAUAAUUGAUCCGAGAUUACAAGGGCUAUAUAACAUCAACAUAGCCUGGAAGGUAUUCGAAUUGGCAAAGGCAUGUGUCUCCCCCACAUCCAUCGAAAGGCCAACCAUGAAUGAGGUGGUGAUAGAUCUCAAGCAAUGUUUGCAAGUAGAGAAAAGUCGUCAUGGGUGUAAACCAAAUAAUCAAAGUCAAAGUGUAUCCUUAAACAUGGAAAGCAUGAGUGAUCCAAAACCAAGAUAGUGAAGUCUUAAAAAAUUCAACUGUCAAAUGUUUUAGUAUUUGUGCAAGACAUGGUGUAAACAUAAUUGUAAUACACCCUUUCAUGUAAGCAUAUAUUGUUAUAACUAUCAAGCAUUGUAAGUUUUGUACCUUUUUUUAAAAAAAAAAUUGUUGGGGACAAA